UCCAAAUCCACUACACAUCCACCAUGUCUCCUCCAUUCAGAAUAGGGCUUAACGGAGCUGCACGCGCACUUUGCAGAUGCAAUCAUGGCAUCAGCGCGCGCCCCGUUGUCGCCCAGCUUCUCCGUCACCAUGCCACCCGGUCUCGAGCUUGUUUCAACAUAAGAGCAGGCCCAUUGGACACCCGAGCUACCGUUCACACACUCCACAGCGCCCGUCCGUUUUCCACUAGCUUUGCACUCUCCAAAAAGAAGAAAGAUAAAUCCUCCCAUGCCUCGGAAGAACCCUCCGCAGGUGGUAACGGCGAGGACCCGUUCGAUUUCUCGUCAUUAUCCAAUGGGAUCCAAGAUGCUUUGUCACGUCUAAAAGAAGAUGUUUCUAAGCUCCGGGUCGGUGGACGAUUGAAUCCAGAACUCAUCGAAAAUGUACGGGUGACCCUCAAGACGAGCGCGGGCUCUGGGAAAGAGAAGGAGACGGUGCGAUUGAGUGAGUUGGCGCAGGUUAUUCCAAAAGGCGGCCGAAUGGUUACGAUAUUGGUGGGAGAGGAGGAGUUCAUCAAGCCAAUCACUUCCGCUCUUCAGGCUGUGCCGUCGCUCUCUCUUAACCCUCAGCCUGAUCCGCAUAACAAACUCCAGCUUAAUCUCCCUAUUCCGCCGCCAACUCGCGAAUCGCGCGACCAAGCCGUGAAAGAUGCGAAAGCAGCCAUGGAAAGGGCGUCUGCCUCAGUGAAAAAUGCUCGAGCGAAUAUGAAUAAGAAAUUAAAGGCGCUGGGGAAUAAGAAAGCAGUGAGGCCUGAUGACUUACGCAAGGCAUUGGAACAGAUGGAGAAACUUGCGGAGAAGGGUCAAAAAGAUGUCAAGGAUUCUUUCGAGUCGGCAAAGAAGGCCCUUGAAAGAGAGUGAUGCCGUAGCAGCGAAAGACCAUGCCGGCCCCAAUGUGGGCUCGUGAAAUAUUAUUCGAAUAAUUGUGUUAUUUACAGAGCCUAUUC